CCGGAUGUUGCUCAGGAGGCAGGAGAUGAAGAAAGCAAAGGCAGCGAAGGCCAUCGUUUUGAGAGCACAGAGAAGAGAGAGGAAUCAUGGUUAUGCUGAAGAUUUCAUCUUUCCUUGCUGUCUAUGCCUUGGUUGUGUGCCAGAUGGACAGCUUCCAGGCAGCCCCGGUCAGACCUGGCUUAGAGUCCGUAACAGAUCGAGUGAUGCUAAGUGACUAUGAAGCUCGGAGAUUAUUAAAUGCACUGGUGAAAGAGUUCAUACAGAUGACAGCAGAAGAGCUGGAGCAAGCCUCUGAGGGGAAUAGCCUGGAUAGACCUAUUUCCAAACGCUGUGCCAGUCUGAGUACUUGUGUGCUGGGCAAACUGUCUCAAGAAUUGCACAAAUUGCAAACUUACCCUCGCACUGACGUCGGGGCUGGAACUCCUGGCAAGAAGCGGAGUGCGCUGAGUGACCCGGACCAUGAACGCUAUGCAAACUAUGGGGAGCCCCUGGGAGACAACUAGACAUGCUUAAUUCUGCCCUUCUCCCUUUUUUUAACUUGAUGCAUGUGGAUCUAACUUUGAUUGCUAACUUUGCUAUGUUCUUUUGAUUCUGUUUUCGACAGAGAAUGUUUGAGGUGGACCUAAUAUUAGGAAGACAGAGACCAUAACACGCAUAUCAGGCUAGGGGAAAAAAUAAAUAAGAAUGAACAGCACAGCCUUGAGAUUUCAAAUGAUUUUCUUAGACGUUCACUUAAAAAAAAACCAAAAAAACACAAAAAACCUAAAUGAGGCUCUUCAUUUCUGGCUACUAAAUGUACAAGCAGACUUUUCUUUCAUGCCUGCCCAUGCAUUUACUCAAUAAACCUAUUUUUCUAUAAGGAU